AUGGCUGACAUAAACCACACAAUGGUGACAGAAUUUGUGUUAAUAGCUUUUGAAGAUCUCCAUCAGUUUCAGAUUUUGCUUUUUAUGGUUGUUCUACUCAUUUAUAUUACGUGUAUUGGUGGUAACAUAAUUAUUUAUUUGCUUAUCAAGCUGGAUGUUUCUCUCCAUACGCCAAUGUAUUACUUUAUAAGUGUAUUUGCCAUUUUAGAAAUUAUUUUUGUUUCCAUCAUUAUCCCUAAACUCUUAGACAUUCUUAUUGCAGGUAGAAACAGGAUCAGUUUUGUGGCCUGCUUUCUGCAGUUAUAUUGUGCUGAUACAGCUGGUGGAACACAAUGUUACCUCCUCACCGUUAUGGCUUUUGAUAGACAUUUCGCCAUAACCAAUCCAUUACGUUAUGUUGGUAUAAUGAGUCAAGCAUGUACUAAACUUGCUGUAUUUUCUUGGAUUGCUGGUUUAAUUACUGCCUUUGUUCUUAUAAUCUUCACUGCUUCUUUGGAUUACUGUGGUCCUAAUAAGAUCCAGCAUUUCUUCUGUGACCUGACACCAUUACAGAAUUUGGCAUGUUCUGAUCCACAUGUCAGUAAUUUGGUUACAAGUGUAGCAUGCAUCUUUGGUAUUCUUUUUCCCUUUGUCAUAAUUAUAGGGCUCUAUAUACAUAUUAUAAUAAAAGUCUUAGAAGUCAAGAGUGUAGAUGGCAAACAUAAAGCCUUCUCUACCUGCUCUUCCCAUCUUGUUGUAUCCAGCCUUUUCUUUUGUACAAGUAUUACUGUGUAUGUCAAACCAAGUGACAGCCAAAAUGACAAAUUUCUUGCUUUCAUAUAUACAGUUGUGACUCCAUUGCUAAAUCCAUUUAUUUACACUUUUAGAAACAGAGCUGUGAAGUGUGCAUUCCUAAAAAAUUUUGAUAUGGACUCCGGUGCAGGGGAACAACCAAGCCAAAACCUCUUAAAGCAGUCAAUUGAACCACCCGAGAAAAGAGACACUGAGAUGUAA